AUGGCGGCCGCGAAGCUUCAAGCUCCCUCGCGAGCCUCGACCUCGUCCGCUUCCUCCUUCACACCCGUGUCGCGCCAGAACACCAUGUCCUCCCACGAUGGCUCCCGAUCCAUGCGGGCAUCCAAGCGCUACUCGGUGACGGCCCUGUACCUCUCCAUGUCCGCGAAAGAAAAGGAUUUGGAGAUUGAGGAUGACUUGGCAAGAGCACAGAAAGCGCUCCGGGAGCUGAAAGCGAGGAUUUCGUCGCAGUCGAAGAAGAACUUCGUGCUUGAGAAGGACGUACGAUAUCUGGACUCGCGGAUAGCUCUGCUCAUCCAGAACCGCAUGGCCCUGGAGGAGCAAAAUGAGGUCGCGAGCCAUCUGGAUGAGGCUGCUGAGCUCCAGGAGGGCUUCUUCCCGAACGAUGAGAAAACUCAGAAAUACGGCAAUCUUCUCUUCCUCCUCCAAUCAGAACCAAGACACAUUGCGCAUCUUUGUCGACUUGUUACAUUGGCCGAGAUCGACUCGCUGCUACAGACCGUCAUGUUCACCAUCUAUGGCAAUCAAUACGAGAGCCGGGAGGAGCACCUGCUUCUGACCAUGUUUCAGUCCGUUCUCACAUACCAGUUCGACAACACCCCCGAUUACUCGUCUCUUCUACGCGCAAACACCCCAGUGUCACGAAUGAUGACCACAUACACUCGGCGCGGCCCCGGCCAGAGCUAUCUAAAGCAGGUGCUUGCCGAGCGUAUCAACUCGCUUAUAGAGUUGAAAGAUUUGGAUCUCGAGAUUAACCCACUGAAGGUAUACGAGAAGAUGGUCAGUGAGAUCGAGGAGAGCCAAGGGAGCCUGCCGCCGAACAUGCCUAAAGGAGUGACCGCCGAGCAAGCCGCGGAGAACGAGAAAGUCCAGGCGAUCAUUGCUCCUCGGUUGACUAUGCUGAUGGAGAUCGCCAAUUCGUUCCUCUCAACAAUCAUUGCUGGGCUUGACGAGACACCAUACGGCAUCCGCUGGAUCUGCAAGCAGAUUCGGAGUCUCUCAAAGAGGAAGUAUCCCGACGCAUCAGACCACACCGUGUGCACACUCAUCGGCGGCUUCUUCUUUCUUCGGUUCAUCAAUCCAGCCAUUGUCACUCCGCGAUCGUACAUGCUCAUUGAUGGAACACCUGCGGACAAUCCGAAGCGUACCCUAACAUACAUUGCAAAGAUGCUGCAGAAUCUUGCAAACAAGCCGUCAUACGCCAAAGAACCGUACAUGGUCAAACUGCAGCCUUUCAUUCAACAAAACAAAGAGCGGAUCAACAGGUUCAUGCUUGACCUCUGCGAGGUCCAGGACUUCUACGAAUCCCUUGAGAUGGACAACUACGUCGCGUUGUCGAAGAAGGACCUCGAACUGUCCAUUACUCUCAACGAAGUCUAUGCGACCCAUGAACUUCUCGAGCGCCAUGCUGCGGAGCUGGCAAAGGACGAGAGUUCACAUCUUAGCGUCCUAUUGCACGAGCUUGGUUCAGCGCCUGCUCAGCUACCGCGCAAGGAGAACAGGGUCAUAAAUCUGCCGCUGUUCAGCAAGUGGGAAACACCGCUUGAUGAUCUAACUGCUGCGCUGGAUAUCACCCAAGAAGAGGUUUAUUUCAUGGAGGCCAAGUCGACAUUUGUUGUGAUCAUGCGUUCCCUGCCAGCGAACACUCCCCUAACCCGGAGGCCGCUUCGGCUGGAUCGCAUCGCAGAGGCUGCAGCAACCACAAGGAACGAUUCUGUCAUGGUCAAGAAGGGCAUAAGAAGCAUAGAGCUUCUGAGCCAGCUGCAGGAGCUAGGUGUGAUUGACAAGAGUGACGGCUUUGCCUUGCUGCGGGAUGAGAUAGAGCAAGAGCUAGUACACCUGGGUUCCAUGAAGGACAAGGUGGUUGAGGAGAGCCGGAAACUGGAUGAAGUCUACCGCACGAUCCGCGACCACAAUAGCUACCUCAUCAACCAGCUCGAGACGUACAAGUCCUACCUUCACAACGUCCGUGGCCAGUCAGAAGGCAAGACGAGGAAGCAGCAGAAGCACCAAGUGCUGGGCCCGUACAAGUUCACGCAUCAGCAGUUGGAGAAGGAGGGCGUGAUCCAGAAGAGCAACGUGCCCGAGAAUCGCCGGGCGAACAUCUACUUCAACUUCACAAGUCCUCUGCCGGGUACCUUUGUCAUCUCACUGCAUUACAAAGGUAGGUCCGGUCGGAACAGGGGCUUACUGGAGCUCGAUCUCAAGCUUGACGACCUGCUCGAGAUGCAGAAAGACAACCAAGAAGAGCUGGACCUGGAAUACGUACUGUUCAACGUAUCGAAGGUCCUUGUGUUGCUGAACAAGAGGUUCACGCGGAAGAAGGGGUGGUAA